AUGCCCGGGAUAUCUGUCUCUAAAUGCGUCCUCGUUGUUGGGGCCACUUCUGGGAUCGGCCGUGCUCUUGCCCUCGCCAUCCACUCGCUUCCCUCCAAGCCCACGGUCGUCGUUGCUGGAAGGCGACAGGAGAGACUGGAUGAACUCGUACAGACAUCCGAUAGGUUGAAGGCCUUUCAGCUGGAUAUGAACAGUAACAAGGAAAUUUUGAAAAGCUCCAUGCAAGACCUCGUCACCAAACAUCCCGAGCUGGAUGCAAUCAUAUUUGCUUCCGGGGUGCAGCACCUAUUCAACUUCAAAAAACCGGAGGAAAUUGAUCUCGACUUGCUCGAGCUGGAACUCAACACCAAUUACACUUCGAUUACUAAGAUGGUAACAAGUCUCCUUCCACAUUUCUUGAAGCUGAGCGAGAGUGGGCGGCCUUCCCUCAUCGUGACUAUCACAUCUAGUCUCGCGAUUAUACCCGGCCCCUGGGUCCCGAACUAUUGUGCAACAAAGGCCGCCUUGCACAGUUUCUCCGUGUCACUCAAUGCUCAGUUACAGGGCACGAACGUUCGUGUCGUGGAAAUUUUCCCUCCGUUGGUUGAAUCCGAGCUUCAUGAUCACCAGGGAACGACUCCCGCUUUAUCGAAGUUUUGGAUGCCGCUUGAUAUUUUUACUGAAGCUGCCGUAGAUGGCCUCGUUCGCGGAGAUACCUACAUCCCUGUGGGGGAUGCGGUAAGACAGUGGAACAGGUUUGAAAAGGGAAAGGCCGAAGAGUCCGAGAAGAUGCAGAAAAGGCAAUCCGGGAAUUGA